AUGCCGCCGCCGCCGCCGCCCGACUCCCGGGCGCCACUGUCCGGCCCAUCACCCAGCUCGCCCUCUGCCGCCGCCGUGCCCGUGCUGCUGCUCAAGACGCGGUCCGCCCCGAGCGACGCCUACCACGAGCUCCUCUCGGCCGCGAGCCACGGCCGCCGCCGCUUCGACCCGUGCUUCGUCCCCGUCCUGUCCCACCGGAUCGAGGACGCGGGCACGGCCAGGCUCCGCGACUUGCUCCACCGGCGCCAAGUCGGCCGCGACGACGGCUGUGCCUACGGCGGCCUCAUCUUUACGUCGCAGCGGGCCGUCGAGGCCUUUGCCCAGGUGGUCCAUGACGGCAAAGGCCAGCCCGGUUGGCCUCACCUCCAAGACGUGCCCGUCUACAGCGUCGGCCCCGCCACGACGCGCGCCCUCGAGGCCAUCCCGCAACAGCCGCCGCUGCAAAUCUUCGGCCAACACUGCGGCAACGGCGACGCCCUCGCCCGCUUCAUCCUCGAGCACUACACCCGCCACCGCCUCGACGCCCGGCGCCACCGCCCGCCCCUGCUCUUCCUCGUCGGCGAGCAACGCCGCGACGUCAUCCCUCGCACCCUCAUGGACGCCGCCCUGCCACCCGAUGAGCGCAUACGCGUCGACGAGGACGUCGUCUACGGCUCCGGCGUCAUGGACUCGUUCCCCGACGACUUCGCCUCCUGCCUGCGCCGCACCGACGACGCCCCCGUCCGAUGGGUCGUCGUCUUCUCUCCCACCGGCUGCGACAGCAUGCUCCGCGGCCUCGGCUUGCUCGACGCCGCCACGGCCAAGGUCCCGCCCGGUCGCCGAGAUGGCCAGACAUGCAUCGCCACCAUUGGCCCGACGACGAGGGCCCAUCUGGUAAAAACGUUUGACUUUGAGCCCGACGUUUGCGCCGACACCCCGUCGCCCGGAGGCGUCUUGCAAGCAAUUGUAGACUACAUGGAUCGGCUGAAAGACUCACGUCUUCAAUGA